UCUUCUGCGCAUGCUCGCCUUCAUACCCACCUUGACGAAAUACCCUGCAGGCUUCUAGUCUGCACAAUUCUGACAAUUGGCGGUGAGUAAUCUCGAAGGUAGCGUGUGGGGGUCACAUGGGUCUUUCACAACUUGGCAGAGACUGUUUGUUUUGAGGCACUGCUUCCUUCGUUUGGUUGUCUCAAUUGUCGCGGCGGUUGAUUGAGUCGUGCGUUGUAUUCUGAUUGACGAAGGAUGGGUUACAAGAUGUGUGUGUGGAUGUUACUGGCUAUGGCAGCAGUAGUUGCUGGUGCACCUGCCGUGGACAGCAUUGAAUCCCCACAGUAUACUGUGAUCCAUGCGGAAUCGGACUUCGAGAUUCGGUUGUACCGAGCGUCGACAUGGAUUUCUACUCCUGUGGAGGAUAUCUCCUUCAGCAAGGCGACCCAGCUUGGAUUUCACAAAUUGUUUCAGUAUAUUCAAGGUGCUAACGUCAACAACUCUCGAGUUCAAAUGACCACUCCUGUGCUGACAGGAAUUGUUCCCUCUGCUGGGCCAUUUUGCUCCUCUGCAUUUGCCAUUCGAUUUUACGUGCCAAAUAAGUAUCAGGACGACCCACCGAUGCCCCUCAUCGAUUCCGAUCUCACAGUUGAGAACUGGGAUGAGAAGUGCAUAGCAGCCCGUCCUUUCACAGGCUUUGCGAAGGAUAGCAAUGUCGCCAAGGAAGCAGCUGCUCUGGAAGCUAGCCUUCAGAAGACACAGUGGGCCAACAUCACCGACAACGAGCCAAAGGAUGGUGAGGAUGCUUACACCAUUGCACAGUACAGCAGCCCGUUUAAGAUCUUGGGCCGUGUCAACGAGGUGUGGGUGAGCUUCCCAUCAAGCGAGGGCUGCCGCGCUGCGUUUCUUCAGACCAAGGCUGGACGCGUUGUUUCAUAAGUCACAAAUCCGAGCUUUCCUCAGCCUGGUGUUGUCAUCGGACUUGUAAUUAGCGUUGGUUGUUGCUAGCGAGAGGUUUGAGUUUAGAAAAAUGGUGUGCUCCUUGAGCGCCAUCUUGAACGACUGAAUUGAUCAAAUAAUUACACCAUGUAUAUAUGGAAUAUAAAAAAUUCAACAAAUGAAAAGUCUAGACCUCUCCAA